AUGCCAGGUAUCCUGAAAGAUGCUUUCUGGUGCCUUUGGAGGCAUAGCCGGAGCUAUUGGAAGGUAGCUUUUUGGUACAGGCUUCGUUGCGAUAGCUUCGUCGUCCUCUCCUGCGCAGGAACAGGAAAUACAGUUGUGAUAAUGGUUGGCUACCCAAAAGGAAUAGAGAUAUUGGAGCCAGUACGAAGAGGGAUUCCAGUAAAAAUGACUAUUGUUGUUGGCACACGACAUGUGCAGGAAUAUAUUAGUGGUCAGUCGGUUGUGUUUGUAGCCAUCGCCUUCAUCACCAUGAUGAUUAUAUCGCUCGCUUGGCUCAUAUUUUACUAUAUACAACGUUUCCUGUAUACAGGAUCACAGUUUGGAAACCAGGGACAUAGGAAAGAAACCAAGAAAGCAAUCAGCCAGCUUCAGCUGCAUACUGUGAAACGUGGAGAAAAGGGUUUAGAUGUUGAUGUGGAAAACUGUGCUGUGUGCAUUGAGAACUAUAAACUGAAAGACACUGUCCGAAUUCUGCCAUGCAAGCACAUCUUCCAUAGGACGUGCAUUGACCCCUGGCUUUUGGAUCACCGAACUUGUCCAAUGUGUAAACUGGAUGUUAUCAAAGCUUUGGGAUACUGGGGGGACCCUGAAGAUGUACUUGAAGUACCCAUACCUGAAUCAAUAAGUGGCAGCGUUUCAGUCGGAAGUCUGAGUAUCGCUUUACAAGAUGAUGACAGGAAUGAAAUAAGCGAAUUGUCAGCUUCUUCCACUAAUGAAUCGGUAUUGCAGUGCACCAGUUUAAAAGAGGACGCAGGUGAAACCACAGCAUUACUUGAUGUGGAUGUCAGUAAUAACCGGCAUGGAGAACAUCUAUCUAAUGGAAAUUCCCACUGAACUGCUUCGUGGAAGAGAUCUUGAAUAGACUGUUGAAGAACUAUUAUUUUUUAUUUAAUUAGUAUGGACUUUUGUCUAGUUAACGGAAAAAAAUAACAAUGUAAAUUAUUUUACCUUUCAAACUUUUCUAGCUGGUGUUCCACAAGGGCUAAUAACUAAGAAUUUUGUACACAGGAGGAUUUUAUAAAAUCUCCUCUGGAUGUCUCAUCCUAAAAAAAGAUGCAAUAACCCUUUUUCUGUAAGCAUUGUUACAAUGUCGUUGUGUUCCAGAGGGCUGUAACAAAGAUGAAGACUAGGCAGUGAAAACAAUGUAGAAUGUCUAAUGGAUAAAUAUUUUGGAUGCACUAUUUACAUUCAGUAUGUACACAUGGAGAACACUUACAAGACUGCAAAUAUUAAAAUGUUCUGAAAGUUCUGAUCUGUUGUAAUUGGAGAUGGAUAUUCUUAGAAAAGACAUAAUCUAACCUUGAAGGAAUCAAAUAACUUCACGGAUAUGUUGCAUAUCC